GGCUUUGUGUGGAUGAUUUUAGCAGUGGACAUUGGGGUAGGACAUAGAAAAGAAGCCAAUAGCAACUCUGGUGUGCAUCUCAUACAAGAAAAGCUGAGUUUCUCAUGGGCCCUCGUCCCCUUCUCAGCCAUCUGAGGAUCCUGCCACUUCUGGAGAGAAGAGAGAAGGAAGAAAAGAAGGGAAGAAAGAAUGGCUGUGGAACUUCUCAAAGCCACAUACCAGGGGUUGGUGACCUUCAGAGAUGUGGCUGUAGACUUUUCUCAAGAGGAGUGGGACUGUCUGAAUUCUUCUCAAAAGCGUCUGUAUAGUAAUGUGAUGUUGGAGAACUACAGAGUAUUGGUUUCACUGGGUCUUUGCUUUUCUAAACCAAGUGUGAUAUUCUUGUUGGAACAAGGCAAAGAGCCCUGGAUCGUGAAGAAAGAGCCGACCGAAGGCUGGGAACCUAUUUCUGAAACUGAAGAAUUAACUACAAAGCAAAACAUGUAUGAAGAACAGUCAUCGCAAAAGACACUAGAAAAAAUUUCAAGCUAUGUCCUCGAUUCCUGCUAUUUAAGAGAAAAUUGGAAAUGUGAGGAUCAUCUUGAGAGACAACCACUGAAUCAAAAAGCUUGUUUUAAGGAAGAGACACUCAUUCAUGAAGAUGCCCUUGAGGAAAGAAGACAAGAACAUACCAAAUCUUGGGGAAACUUCUUUUUAAAUACACAGCUUCACAAACAACAGAUAAUCCCAAAAAAGGAGGAAGUAUAUAAGCAUGAAACAUUUAAGGAAAGCUUUAAAGAAAAUUCUACUACCAUUAGGCAUAAAAAUAUUUAUACAGAGAAGAAGCUUCUGAAGUGUAAUGAUUGUGAAAAAGUCUUCACCCAGAGUUCAUCCCUUACUCUUCAUCAAAGAAUUCAUACUGGAGAGAAACCUUAUAAAUGUAUAGAAUGUGGGAAGGCAUUCAGUCAGAGAUCAAAUCUUGUUCAACACCAGAGGAUCCACACUGGAGAGAAACCUUAUGAAUGCAAAGAAUGUAGGAAAGCUUUCAGUCAAAAUGCACACCUGGCUCAACACCUGAGAGUCCAUACUGGAGAAAAACCUUACGAAUGUAAGGUGUGUCGGAAAGCCUUCAGCCAGUUUGCCUACCUUACUCAGCAUCAGAGGGUACACACUGGAGAGAAACCCUAUAAAUGUAUUGAGUGUGGGAAAGCAUUUAGCAACAGGUCAUCCAUUGCACAACACCAGAGAGUUCAUACUGGUGAGAAACCUUAUGAAUGUAGUGUCUGUGGGAAAGCAUUUAGUCUCCGUGCAUACCUUACUGUCCAUCAGAGAAUACAUACUGGAGAGAGACCCUAUGAGUGUAAGGAAUGCGGAAAGGCCUUUAGCCAGAACUCACACCUUGCUCAACAUCAGAGAAUUCACACCGGAGAAAAACCUUAUAAAUGUCAGGAAUGCAGGAAAGCAUUUAGCCAGAUUGCCUAUCUUGCUCAACAUCAAAGAGUUCAUACUGGAGAGAAACCCUAUGAGUGCAUUAAAUGUGGAAAGGCAUUUAGCAAUGACUCAUCCCUUACUCAACACCAGAGAGUUCAUACUGGAGAGAGACCUUAUGAAUGCAGUGUUUGUGGAAAAGCUUUCAGUUAUUAUGGAUCCCUUGCCCAACAUCAGAGAAUUCACACUGGAGAGAGACCCUAUGAAUGUAAGGAAUGCAAAAAAACCUUCAGGCAACAUGCACACCUUGCUCAUCAUCAGAGGAUCCAUCUUGUGGAGUCACUCGCAUCACCCAAUCUAGUUACUCACCAAGUCCUGUAGGUACUCUGAAAUAUUUAUGUAAUUUAUAUUCUCUAACUCUAUUGUUACCCCUCACCUAAGGUUUAUCUCACCUAGGUUGCUGCUAGGGAUUUCUCCUGAUUUGGGUCUUCCCAUGUCAACUUUUGGUUCCCAUAACUACAUUUCCCACCAUGUAUCCAAACUUUUGUUUUGAAGUUUAAGACUACACAUAUUGUUUCUAGUUAAAACUUAUUUUGAUUUGCUAUUAAGUUGAAAUUCAAUCAUUAAAAUUGUCUUUGGGGUGCU